CUCGUAUGACUGUGAUGCAUAACCCAGAUACAAGUUUGUCAGUAAUGUACUGGACUGAUCACUUUGGGCAUGACAAUGAAAUUGCUCAUUGCUCCCUUGACAAAUCAACAAGGGAUAAUCUUGCAAGGAAGCUGCAGGAUGGAGUGUCAAUGCAGCACAUCAUGGAUGACAUAAGGACACAUGGAAUAGACAACGAUCCAAGAGCACUCCUAAUUGAUAGGGUGGAUCUCCAUAACAUAAAACGCGACUACAAUAUCGAUUACUGCACGAAACUUCACAACGAUGAUGCAACAAGUAUAAAAUUGUGGGUGCAAAAGAUGGGAGAACUCAAAGAGGAUUCACCAGUUUUGAUGUUUAAAAAUCAAGGUUAUUAUCAUGCAAAACUGCAUGAUGAUGAUUUUAUUCUGAUUCUAAUGACACAUUUCCAAGCAAAUCAGAUACUUAAGUUUGGCUGUGAAAAACUUUGUGUAGAUGAUACCCACGGCACAAAUGGUUAUAAAUAAUUAAAUAAAUAAAUAAUUAUGACAUAAGUCUAACAACAUUAUUAACAGUGGAUGAAUUUGGUGCAGGCUGCCCAGUUGCUUAUUGUUUUUCAAACAAAACUGAUGAAAAUCAUAUGACUAUUUUUUUUGAGACAGUAAAAAAGAAAGUAGGAAAUGUUAAUUGUAAAACAUUCAUGUCUGAUGAUGCAUCAGCAUUCUAUUAUGCCUGGAGUAGGGUGAUGGGUCCUCCCGAACAUAAACUUUUAUGUUCAUGGCAUGUCGAUAGGUGCUGGCGUAGAAAUUUGUCAAAGGUGAAAGGGGGCACAAGUAAAAAAAACUUGGUAUAUGAAACUUUAAAGGUUUUGAUGCAAAAUCUUGAUGAAGAUAUAUUUCCAACACUAUUGGAAAAGACUACAACAGAUCUAUUGAAUGACCACGAUUGUUCUGCUUUUGCAGAAUAUUUUAUAAGGUAUUAUGCCAGUC